UCAAUAGUUUUCUUCAUUUAAAUAAUGUAAAACUUAAUUUCUUGGUUUUCUCCUAAGAAAAUUGUUUUAAUUACAUUGAGUCAAAAUUUUAUUUUCUUGAGAUAAUAACAAAUAAAAAAUGAAAUUUGUUCAUCUAAAAUUUUUACUGAUCCCAAUAAUGUCAUUUGAAAACAAAUUGUUGAAGGAGACAAAUUAUUUUUGUCAUAAAAAGUUAUAUAGAAGAAUAGCAUGUGUCUUGAUUCAAACAUGUGAAUCGUCUUCUUUAUAUCUCAGGUAGAAAUACUUGAAAGCAAUCCAUAGCAACCUUAUAAGUAAAGAACUAUCUCACCAAUAUAAUAAAAAGACAGACAUAAGCUACACUUUAGUCUUUAGAUUCUGCACUUACAAAUAUUUGGCUCCGCAAUGUGGUUGUUUAGUUAAUGGGUCACUUAAAGCCCUGUUAUUAAGAACUGUUUACAAACUUUGACAUGUCUUAAUUGGACCACCAACUACAGUACCGGAGCCCACAGCGACCCACCAAGACAAAUGUCAAUGUCAAAACGACACGGUUUUAUAACCCCAUUUACUACGAACCAAGUGAGAAAAAAAGAACUAGACACAAAGGGGACCGCCUCAUAAAAGAGAAGAGAGACAUCAAAUUGUGCCAUGGACCAACAUAAGGAGGAUAGAAGACUCUUAUUGUCCAAAGAAGAAGAGAGGAUUCGUGAUAAGCUUGAAAUGGAAAUAGAAAGAAAUUUGGAAGGAGAGUUCAAGGAUGGGAUUUACAAUCUCGCACUCAAGCUGCGCAGGCUGUAUGAACAAAGAAGGGAAAGAGAAGAGUCGCUGGAUGCUUCAAUGAGAAAGAGCAAGAGAGUACUGGAGGUGAACAUUAGCAUCAAGAUGGAAGGAGAUACCAAGAUUGAGAUCACUGAGAGGAAGAAGGAAGUAGACAAUGACAAGAUGAAAAAGGCAGAGAAUCUGGUUAAUAAAAAGAAGUGUGAAGCUGGUGAAGAUAAAACAAGAAAGGAGAAGUUGAAGAAUCCAACAAGGGCUCAAGAACUCAGAUGGAAAUGGUAAAACAGAUUGAUUGGCCUGGAUUUACUUUCCUAUUUGCUGGUAAUAUGUUUCAAAUAUUUAUCCUAAUUAAACAAGAGUGAAAUAAGGAUUGUGCAUGCAUAUCACAUUGUUCAUUGAGAUGGUAAGAGGAAAGCACACAAUCUUCUUUUACUGCCAUAUAAAAUUUGAGUUGUUGCUACAAUAUCAUCAAACAAGAUAUUGAUUUAUUUAUUUUUGGAACACA